AAAUACUACUAGCAUGAAUCCCUCCUCAAAAUCAAUAUCUCAUUCCCUUUUCCCUCUCCACAACCUGAAGUUCUGAAGCGCCACCCGCCUCACCGUCCAUCUUACCUCAUCUGAUUCUGAUCUUUUUUUUAUUCUCUCUUUUUUGUUAAAAAAUCUGAUCUUGGUGUGCAUCUCUUCAAGCUUCAAACCGGUGGUAUUUUUGUCUCAGUUGCUUUGGUUUAAACAUGAGUCAUCAGUAUGAUCAAAACAGAACUCCAGAGGCGUAUCCACCUCCUCAGAGCUACCCACCACCGGCCGAGGGAUACCCUUAUCAGGGUCCUUAUGUUGUUCCACCGCCGGCUGGUUACCCCAUGAAGGAUGGCCAUGGCUACCCCCAAUCAGCUUCCCAGGUUGAAACCAAGGACAGGGGUGAUGGAUUCUGGAAGGGAUGUUGCGCUGCCUUGUGUUGCUGCUGUGUCUUGGAUAUGUGCUUCUGAGAAGUUUUGGUCUGAUUAAUUAGUUGUUUACAUUGAUCGUUUAUGUAUUCAUUUCAUUCUGCUGUAUUUAUUGUUAUUUUGAGGGACGAUGCCAUUAACUGGUGUGAUUGUUUUUAGUCAUCCUUUGUAUUAUUGUCUAAGCUUUUAUGAUGAGGUUAUUAUUUUUUGGAUAGAGUUUAUAGAGAUUGGCUUUGGCAUUGACCAGUACUA